AUGGAGCGCUUUUACCAGGGACGCACCAACCUUGGCUAUGUUUGUACCAAAACCGUGAGGAAGGUGGCACAGGUCAUCACUGAGAAGUACUACACUCACCUGAGCAAAGACUUCCAUACCAACAACCCUGUGUGUGGGGAGAUUGCCAUUAUUCCCAGCAAGAAGCUCUGCAGCAAGAUAGGCUACGUCACACAUCUGAUGGGGUGGGAUCAGAGAGGUCUGGUGGGAGGUAUCUGCAUCAAACUGCAGGAGGACAGAGAGAGAAGAGAUAAUUAUGUUUCUGAGGUCUCAGCCCUGGAUCAGGAGAUCACUGAAGUGGAUUCUGACACUAAGGAACUGUUGAAACUCUUAGAAUUUGGCAGUCUGUUCAACCUGCAGGUCACUCAGACUACAAUUGGGUUGAAUUUCAAAAUACCACAUAGAGUUGUUUGA